AUGUUCAGAUCACUGAGAUUGUUUUUGACUGGUCCCAGCGAUGAGACAAGACCUAAUGCAGGGGAGUACGAACCUCUUUCGGUAGGGGAUGACGCUUCUUCUCAUCGAGAUUCAAUGAAAGAUCUUCGGCAUGAACCGAAAGUCUACUUUGCUUUUUGGGUGUUGGGUGCAGGGGUAUUGUUGAGCUGGAAUGCGCUACUAUGUACAAUCCCACUUUUGAUAUCUUUCUUCCCUCCCGAUUCGACGGUUAGAUCAAGUCUGGCUAGUUAUAUAUCUUCUUCAUACUGUUUUGGAAAUCUGUUCUUCCUCGGAUUGGCCCAGAGAAAUGUUGGAAAAUCCUCACCUUCAAAACGAAUACAUUGGUCACUCAUACUACUUCUCAUCACAUCUUUGAUCUUAUCGUUCCCGUUGUUACCUAUGGUUUUGCCUAACUUGUCACCUUCAACCCUUUUCCCAGUACUUAUGGGUACAACAACCAUACUUUCAAUCUCAACUGCGUAUCUACAAUCUGGUGUAUUCGCUUUAGCUUCAUUAUGGGGAUCAAAAGAGAUUUUAGGUGUCAUGUCAGGUCAAGGUGGAAUUGCAGUAUUAGUAUCUCUAGUCCAACUGGUCUUAGCUAUGAUCUCAUCUUCACAUCAACAAACAACUCUACCUGGAGAUGGCGAUGAACAAGUGACAAAAGCGUCUACUUUAGCUGGCGUGGGAUUAUGGGCUUUAGGUUCAAUAGGUUCUCUAGCUUGUUUAGUAGCUCACCGAUACUUACUUUCACAUUCGGAGUAUACAUCAAUAUCAACUUCAACGAAUACGAAUGGAAAUGCAGAUUAUGAUGGAGAAGAAAAGAAAGGGCUGACUUAUAAGGUAUUCAAGAAGAAUAUGUUAUUGAUGAUUGCUGUUGCUUGGGUAUUCAUUGUCACUCUGUCUAUCUUCCCACCUGUCACAACAACAAUACUGUCAACCCAUCAACCCACGCCCAGAUUAUUGCAACCAGACAUAUUCAUACCUCUCCAUUUCUUGAUAUUCAACGUGGGCGAUUAUAUCGGUCGAACAUAUCUUCCUUCGAUUCACUUCAUGUUCACAACCUCACCACCUCGUAUACUCCUCUUAUCACUUUCUCGAACACUCUUCAUACCGCUCCUCUUCCUAUGCAAUACGACACCUCGAUCAUCACCUCCGAUAUUCAAUUCCGAUUUGAUAUACCUCCUUGUCAUCCUCACGUUGGGCAUGUCAAACGGUUAUAUUGGUUCAUUGUGUAUGAUCGUAGCGUCAUCUCCUGAAUUCAACAAGAGGAUAGAAGAAGACGAAAGGGAUGUAGCUGGAACUUUGGCUAGUUUCUGUUUAGUAGCUGGUUUAGCAAUUGGUAGUGCAGCAAGUUUCGGUGUAUCCGCAUGGAUAGAAUGA